AUGUCGCAAGCUGAGAAAGAACAGGCCGACAAACGAAAGGCAGAAGAAGAGAGUAUCGAGCGCGAGAGGGCGAGCGGGAACAAACUAUGGAGCGCCUACAUCAGCGAGGCCCAAAACUACGAUCAGGGUCUGCUUGAAGGCUGGCGCAGUGAGAUGGAUGGCAUGCUGAUCUUCGCCGGUCUCUUCUCGGGCGUUAUCACGACUUUCAUCAUCGAUAGUUACAAGACCCUGAACCCAGACUCGGGCAGCCAGACUGUCGUUCUGCUCAGCCAGACCGUUGCGCUCCUCGGCCAGAUCUCGCUUCAGCUCGCGAACAUGAGCAAUGGGACUGCAAUAGCAGACGCCCUGCCUCCCGCCGCUGUGUUCUCGCCCCCGAUCUCCUCCCUGGUCUGCAACGUACUCUGGUUCACGAGUCUCGCACUGAGCCUGUCGAGCGCACUUGUUGCGACACUGGUCAAGCAGUGGGCGCAGGAGUACCAGCACCGGACAUCGAUGUUCUCAUCUCCCUCCGUCCGGGCGCCACUGCUUCUGUUCUUCGCGGGCCUCGUUGCCUUUCUUGUGCCCAUCAACAUCAUCAUCAUGGGCAUCUCCUCCGCUCUUCUAAUCCUCUUCAUCUCGGUCUAUGCAACAUUCACUGCACACCCGCUGUUCUACCUCGACAGUCCAUUCCAGACACCCCUCACACGCAUCCUGUGGUCGCUGAACCAGAGCUUGGGGCACACGCUGAGGGUUUAUAUUUGGAGGGCAAUGGCUAGUUGCAAGGUCUUCAUCCGAACCAAAGUCGCUGUGCCAGACGCCGAGAAAGCCACGGAAUCUGCUGUGACGAGCCCAGGGGUCUCUGGCGAGGCUGAAGACACGCAUCCGCAGUCCCAGAGCAUGAUUGUGGCCGUGAAAUCAGCCGCACUGCAUCCCGCUGUCGAGACGGAGAUCAGGGCUCUCGCGUGGACCGUCCGGUCUCUGUCUGACGAUGAUGAUCUUGAGCGACUAGUCGAGGGACUCCCUGUGCUGUGGGAUUUCGAUCAAAACAAGCCUCGGAGCGUGUAUCGGGAACAUUUCCACAACUUGUUGCGGCAUCCAGAAAUCCAUCUCUGCCAGCGUCUUGCUGAUUUCAUGGACGGCUCCAAAAGUAAUCUGCUUGAGGACAAGGUCCGCCUCCGUCGCCAGCUGUCUGUGCUCCGGGCCAUUUGGGCCAUCUGCGCGUUCUCUCUUCACACGGGAUUGCCUCUGCAAAGUGCGAUCAGCGAAGCCGAUGCGGGCAACACGUUGCUCGGCUCCAGGUUUCAUACUUCUCCCGAUGUACAGAGCAUGCUUCCCGACGUGACCGCUUUGAUCCGUCUCAACAAGAUCGAGUCUCGGAGCCGGGAACAGGCCUCCACCCAGCCGAGCAACUCCGACAGUCAUCUCCGUGCCAACGUGGAGGAGCAACGGCAACGAGACAUGCAUCGGACGUAUCUGGAUUAUCUGCUGGCACAUUCCAAAUGCGCUGCCAGCUUUCAACGGGAUGCGACCAUUUCACUCUUUGAUCGGUCACAAAUGCGGUUCACGGAAGUGGAUGGCUAUAACAUUCUGCAAAUUGCUCUCCGACAGCUGAUCAGAUCAGCGUUGGAAAAUGGAACGGACGAGACAACAGCGGACAACGUUGUCUUUGCUGCUCGGCAGAUGAUCAGCCAGUUUGCCCACAUAUCGGUUUAUCCAUAUCGGUCAGCGUGGGGUCAUAUGUCGUCGCCGUUUGCCCAGUCAUCAGAAUAUCCCGGUGAGUACCUGCCGGGUCUUGAGACGUUCCUCGUCCGGCACCCGUCCCUCGCCGCCUCCGACCAAAAAUUCGACGCACAGCAUCAUUACACACGAUUCUUGUGCCACAUGCUAUGCGGGAACUUUGCAUACGCCCAGAAAUCUUUCGACGCCCUCCAGCUGAUUUAUCGGAAAUUGCUCAAGUCUGAUGUGCCACUAAAAGACCUCGGCACCCAUCUGUUGGUUCUUCGCACUCUGCGGAAACAAGCAGCCACCAUCUGCACGCACCGUUUGGCUGCCAUCGUCCAGUCCGUCGCGCUCAAAAGUCCCAAGGAUGAUUUGUUGGAAUGGGAGCGAUUGCCGAAUAUCUUAAAUGACGAGGGCUGGUUCCGCGCCGUGCUCGGCCUUGGCAGUGAUAAACGGACGGAGCGGGCAUCGGCACAGGAAAUUUACCACUGUGCAUGUGUGGGUGUUUGGACCACUUUCUUCGAGCAAUACGCAGACACUGAACUGGAACGUCGAUUCGCCGCCGCCGCCGCUGCAUUCAUCCGCAAAUAUCCACAGAACUGUCUUGCAGAUGGGAAUGGGCUCGACUGGGUGCUUGGCCGGGCCGCCGAUGCGUACAACGGCUGGAUGACUGAUGUGGAUGCUUUGCGCGUCCUGGACGUGGCUGUGUCCGAGGUGCAGACGGCAGAUCAGCAGGAAUCACACCGGGACCAUGCUCAAGAGAUCCGGGAACACAUACAAAACCGGCUCCAUCCCAAGAACUCCUUGACUCCCUUUGUCUUGUUCGGGGGUGGUAGGGUGUGA